AUGACGCCAUCGACUAUCAAGGACCUUGGCACUCCCUUCCAGUUUUUCAAAUUCCUCUGUCCCGUUGAGGUGUUCAAGAUGAUUCGCGAGAAAUCGUUGCGCUACUCAAUUCAGUGUCGUCCUGAAAAGCCUCUCACGGUGAGCGUAGAGGAACUCAAAAGGUUCGUCGGAAUGGCUCUUUACGUGUCGAUCAUUCAGCUGCCAAGCUCCCGAGACUACUGGAGCUCCAGCAUCGGACAUCACAAGGUUGCAGACGUGAUGUGCCUCAACCGCUGGGAAGAACUAAAACGGUUUCUUCACUUCAAUAAUAAUGAGACUUUUGUUGCCCCUGCAGAAAUUGGCCACGACAAGCUACACAAGCUCAGACCCCUCUUGAACAAAUUGCUUGAGCAGCUGAAGAUAAUUCCGCGAGAAGAGAAACUGUGCAUCGACGAGCAAAUUGUUCCUUUCAAGGGACGAAGCUCACUGAAGCAAUACAAUCCGAAGAAACCACACCGCUGGGGAUACAACGUUUUUGCUCUGAGAUGUCUGAGGGAUUUUGAGGUCUUCAGCGGUGCCGCGGAAAAUAAGCAGCUACCAGUGCCCCUCAUCCUCCACCUAAAGGAAAUCGGCAUUCUUGCCAGCGGUACGAUACGAGCCAACGAACUGCUCAAGUGUUGCUUAAAAAGUGACCAAGAACUGAAGAAAGAAGGUCAGGGAAGCAUGGAUGAGAAGGUUUCCACGAAAGGAGACAUUGCUAUUGUGAGAUGGCGCCCUGGCCGCAUGUGGCUGUAG